GGUUCUGCAGACCCGCAGAUCCUCGCCGACCCCCCGCCCGGGGCGCGCUCGCCCAGACCCCUCGCCACUCCACCAGCAGAGCGCCCCGGCGCGCCCCGCGCACGCCCAAGACUUUCGUGGCGCCACUUGGCCCCUGGGCAGCUGUGGACCCUCUCUCUGUCCGGGAAACUGGAAUCUGAGGAAGCCACGGCGCCAGAGGCGGCCCCGGGCAGUGGGAUGCGCAGGCGGCCCGGCCGAGCGCCCAGGAACCGCUGCAGGCCCCUCCGGGGACAUGGUAUCUUGGCUCAAGAGAAAGCUGCGUGGCAAGAAGCGGUUGGUGAUGACAUUUUGCCUCUUGAUGACCCUGUCCAUGGUGGCCGUCACCCACUUCCCCCCACAGCAUCCAGCCGCUGGCCUGGACCUUGGUCGCGUGGAGCCCCAGGUGGUAACUGGCAGCCCUGCCCUCCAUAGCCGAGAGGCUCUAAGCAUCAACCGGAGGCAGCGGGCAAGAAACCUGGGACUCUGGCAAGGCUGGGCCUUGCCCAGGAAUUCCAGCCAGGUCUGUGGUCAGGAGCAAGGUCACAGAGAGAGGGUGGACAGAAGCAGGCUGCUCCUGGCAGGGAACAGCAAGCGCCCAGGGAGGAUCAGAAGGGACAUUGCUUUGAGACCCAGUACCCGGCAUCCUGUGCUCCUGAGGAAGGAUAAGACAAGGGAUCCUGGAGCCAAGGACCUGGGCACCCCCUUGCAUGAUGGUCCCAUCCAGGAGGCACCAAGUGAGAAAGGCACCCUCACAGGCCCCCCCACAGGACAUGACACUGCAGCUUUAAGGAACUGGAGAGCUCCUGUUGGACCCACCCUGGGGCCGCAUCCUGCAGAAGUCAGGGAUCUGCCAGGAGCUGGGAAGGGAGCCCUGACUGGUGGGUGGCAAGCAGGGAAUCCCGCUUUGAGCUCAGGGGCCCAUGAGUGGCCUGGCUCUGUUGCGGAGCUGCAAGGAUCCAUCUGGUGUGAAACGCUCACCCCUGUCCUGUCAGGCGGCUCGAGGACAAGCGGGCCGGUUCCCCCAUGGUUCACGGAGCCUGAUGUGAAGGCCCUCCGGCUGUUGGCCCAGGGAGUGGUGGUGGGCAAAGCCAGGGUCCCGGGCCAUGGACAGGUACUGCAGGUGGGCUUCUCCACCAAGGGCACCCCUCAGGACGUGACUCCUGGGCUCAGCCAGCUCUGCUUCCAGGGGCUCUGUGGCCUGAUCAAGAGGCCUGGGGACCUGCCAGAGGUCCUGUCCUUCCACGUGGACCGUGUGCUGGGGCUCCGCCGGAGCCUUCCAGUUGUGGCCCGGCGCUUCCACAGCCCUGUGCUGCCCUAUCGCUACACAGAUGGCGGCGCGAGGCCCGUUAUCUGGUGGGCACCAGAUGUGCAGCACCUUGGCGACCCAGACGAGGACCAGAACUCCCUGGCACUGGGCUGGCUGCAGUACCAAGCCCUGCUGGCAAGUGGCUGCAGCUGGCCAGGCCAGGCCCCAUGCCUCGGCAUCCAACACACGGAGUGGGCUCGCCUGGCACUCUUCGACUUCCUGCUGCAGGUUCACGACCGCCUGGAUCGCUAUUGCUGCGGCUUUGAGCCAGAGCCCUCAGACCCCUGUGUGGAAGAGAGGCUCCGAGAGAAGUGCCGGAACCCAGGCGAGCUGCGGCUGGUCCACAUCCUGGUCCGGAGCAGCGAUCCAUCGCGCCUGGUCUACAUCGAUAAUGCUGGGAACUUGCAGCACCCCGAGGACAAGCUGAACUUUCGGCUACUGGAGGGCAUAGAUGGGUUUCCUGAGUCUGCUGUGAAGGUUCUGGAGUCGGGGUGUCUACAGAACAUGCUGCUCAAGUCCCUGCAGAUGGACCCGGUGUUCUGGGAAAGCCAAGGUGGGGCCCAGGGGCUGAAGCGGGUUCUGCAGACCCUGGAGCAGCGGGGGCAGGUCCUGCUGCAUCACAUCCGGAAGAACAACCUGACAGUCUUCAGGGAUGAGGACCUGUGAGUCCCCCCGCUGCCUAGGUGGGGCUCUCAUUGUGCUGGGGGUACCCUCAUUGCAUGACCUGAGUGGAUGAGCCUUGAUCCUAACAGCCACAUUUCUUGGGUUCACCCAUCUUGAAGACACAUGGGAAAAGCCAGAACUGGGAAGACAGCAUGGAAGCUAUGGGAUGUGUCUCCUGCUUGGGAUGGUGGAGGCGGUGUUGGUUAUUGGGCUUCUAUCUCUCUACAUUCCUUUCUGCCUUCUCAACCCUGGCUAUUUACUCCCUUGCACCAAUAAAUACAUAUAAGAAUGUCCUGUGAACUGCUCCAGACACUGUAAAAUUGUGCAUCCCACCUGCAUACAGAGCUGGACUGCCGUGUGUGUGUGAGUCCGUGGAAGUACACAGGUGUAUGUGGUAUGUGUGUAUGUCUGCACUCACACAUGUACAUGCCUACACAAGUGCAUGCCUGCACCUAUACAUGAAAUGAUCCCAAUAACGGACAUUCAUAGAAUUGCACUUGGUCCAGAGACUGGCUGAAAGUGGACUCAGAUCUAAGAAAUGAAACAUUAGGGCCUCCCCUGGUGGCGCAGCGGUUGAG